UCCUGUGAAGUCUACUCUGUGCUACGUCAAAAAAGGCUGCAUUCUCCUGUCCUGUGGAGUCUUAAACAUUGCCUUCAAGGCUUCUCAAAACCAGAAAAACGGAAGCUGUCGGCACCUCUGUUUUCCAAAAUCUGUAGGAUUCACUUCACACACAGUUGGGCUGUGAUCCUGAUCUGGGAUUAAGGAUCAUGGACAACAGAGACCCAAAAUACCGCCGCUCCCUGGUGGUCACACCCAGGGUGAGCACCCAAUUCAACCAGUUCCUGCCCACCAAAGACAAACCCUCUGGAUAUGUUCCUGCUCCUCAUCACAAGCCAGCUGAGCAGGAGGAAGAUGGCGGACGCGACUGGGGCAAUCCUGUGUCAUCGAGAAAAAAUAUGAUGUACAGGAGCAAAUCAAUGGCAGACAUUCCGAUGGACCCACAACAACAACAACAAAGAUAUGAAAGGUUACAAAGUGUUCGUCUUCAAAUGAAGGAGAGUGACGACCAAUGGCAAAAUGACCUAACAGAGUGGAAGAAUCGUCGGAAGAGUGUGAAUGUUGAUCUUGUGAGAAAGAAAGAAGAAAGGGAGAAGAUUGACCAGAUUACCAGUGGCACAGAAACCAAAACAUUGGAGGAGAGGAAGGAGAGACCGGAAGUCCAGAGGAACAAAUUUGGCAGAUCUCACUACUUCUCGUAUGACGAUUCUGACUUAUGGGGGAGGAAGACUGUGGGAGACUACAAAAACACUGCAAGUGACGACGUGUUCAAGACCAGUCAAGUUUCAAGAGACUACAAGAACACUGCAAGUGACGACGUGUUCAAGACCAGUCAAGUUGCAAGAGACUACAAGAACACUGCAAGUGACGACGUGUUCAAGACCAGUCAAGUUUCGAGAGACUACAAAAACACUGCAAGUGAUGACGUCUUCAAGACCAGUCAAGUUUCAAGAGACUACAAAAACGCUGCAAGUGAUGACGUCUUCAAGACCAGUCGGGUUCCAGAGCAAUCAAGUUCCCCGUCUGAGGCCCUCACAUCAUCACAGGCCACUCCAAGCUCCUUGACACGUGGAUCAAAUCCACCUGCCGUCACCUCACUCAAAAACAGCAGUAACGCACCGUCACAAACUCUUGUCGACGUGCCCAGCAGUGCCGGUUCUGACCCGGAGGAAGCCCUCUCGUCAAGCGGCGACAGCAGUCCCACUUCCAGCACACCACCACCUGUUUUUGACCACCGCACCCAAAUCGAAGAGGUCCGUAGUAGCACCAAAGAAGAAGAGCACGUGUGGGAGAGUCACAGCACCUCCACUGCCGUCAGUGACUUUGCCAGACACCCCAGCCCGUUUGACAGAGCCUCAGAGGAGGGACACCACAGUCCUGGCAGUAGUAACAGCAGUCCUGGAACUACCCCUGUCACCAGAACGCCUGUGUUUGAUCACACCCAAAAUGCAGAAGUCUUAAAUAGUCCUAAAAACGAGCCCUCCUGGAGAAGCUGGUCCAAUAUCAACACCUCUGCAGAAUCAGAGCAGCCCAGACGCCAGGUGGAGAGAGCGGAGGAAGAGGAUGAUCACAGCAGUGUCACCAGUAGCAGUCCUACUUCCAGCCCUGUGCCUACUUUUGACCACACUCCCGCAGUCCAAAGCAGUCUAAAAGAGCCCCUGUGGAAGAGUAGCGCCAGUAUAAACCCCCCUGCUGACCAGCCCAAACAGCUGUUGGAGAAAGCAUCAGUUGAUCUCAAUGCAGCUGUUUUUGGUCGCACUCCCGCAGUCCAAAGCAGUCUAACAGAGCCCCUGUGGAAGAGCAGCACCAGUAUCAACCCCCCAGUUGCCCAGCCCAGACGCCUGUUGGAGAAAACAUCAGUUGAUCCCAAUGCAGCUGAUUUUAAAAAACCGUCAGUCUCAUCCAUCGCUCCAACGCCUUUUCAAAGAUCCAACACCACAGGAUGGUUAUCAACUAUGGUCACUCCACGCCCCUACGGAUCUCAGUCCAGUGGACGAAGUACUUUAACUAGGAUAUUUAGUGUUGACAAAAUCACAAAGAAGGACACAGCACAGCCAUCUGCUGGUGAGGGAAAUCAGCAUCAGACAGAGAAAGCCCCGGACGUGAACGACUUUGGAUUUAGGCGAUCCCAUUCUCUCUAUGAUUCCCGCCUCACCUCAACUUUGAGUGAGGGGAAAAAACAAGAGGAGAAAAGGAGGAAUUUCGAAGAAUAUCAUCACUAUCAAGAAGAAAACCAAGAGAAGCAGAGGCCAAACCAGACGGAGGAACCAUGGGGUCACAGGGAGAAUAGAAACCAUGACGUGAAGAUAGCAGAGGAAAAGCAGAGAGCAGUACAAAGCAUACAAAGUGCCCUUCAACACCUGGAGGUGAAGACAAAUCCGCCAGAGGAAGAGAGUGAAGAAGAUACAACAGCUGAAGAUGGAAAUCGAAUCCUUCUAACAUGGCAGCCACGGACAGAGUCUCAAUCCAUACCUGCUCCCAGUGAACCUGAAAGGCCCAUGGGUAAGGUUACUAAACCUGGGGGAAUGACUGCAUGGUUCCUUGGUGAGGAGUCGAAGAAAGAGAGCCAACGAGCGGCAUUAGCAGAGCUGGAGGCAGACAGAAGGAACAUUGUAAGCACGUCGAGAUACAGUAAAGCAGAAAAAGUUGUGAGCAGCAGUGAGGAGGAAGAGGAUCCAAAGUAUGGAUUUCGUUCUGAAAUGAACUACGAGCAAAGUCUGCCGAACACAGAGAGAAACUCUGGUCUGUCAGACAGGAGUUGGAUGAGGCAACAAGUCAGUCAGGAGCCAGAUCAUUCUUCAGAUCAAAUUGCAAGGUCGGUCAGUGGGAAGAAAAUCUGUACGUUAUGUAACAAUCCACUUAGCAAAGGAGCAGCCAUGAUCAUUGAGUCAUUGUCACUGUGUUACCACCUGACCUGUUUCAAGUGCAUCAAAUGCCAGGCUGAACUUGGUGGAUCAGAAGUUGGAACUGAAGUCAGAAUAAAAAAUGGACAGCUGUAUUGUAACUCUUGCUACAUUCGCCUGAAACAAAAAAACUGAUCCAUCUCUGACAGAUGAAAACAACCUGCUGUGUUUUCUGGGGGUCUUGGAGAGCCAAUCAGUCAUCCCAUUUACUGUACAUGCACAUGUGACGCCCUCUCAUGAAAGCUGUUGAAGAGGAAACAAGCCUAAGGAAAUCAUACAACCCUGAUUGGAAGUUCAGAACAUUCUGAUUUUGGAAUUACUCUUUGUCAUUGUUGAGCACAAAAAAGUACAAUGAUAAUUAUGGUAUUGGUUAGUUGUAGGCCUACUUUCUUAUUUGCACUUGCUGAUCAAUUUCAAGUAAAAAUAAUAAACUGUCUGUUGUGUCUAUGUAAAAACUUGAAUAAAACAGAUUAAAGCAAUA